GCGAGGCUUGGCCUGGCCUGGUAGCACAACUGAGGCGUUUGAACACGAGGAGUGCAGUGGGGCGUGCUUUAGAAAUAGGAAGAGCGAAGACUCCUUUUAAAUCGCUUCAUGUUUGUCAGAAGCGUACAUUUGGAAUUUAUUAACUUGUGGCAAGUGGAAAUGUGUGGUUGAGUGAACUCAAAACAUUCUGCUUUGACGUCUUUUGGAAGAGAACAUUUUGGGUCUUUUUAGCCCUUUUUUGCUUACCGACUGUAGUUAAGCUUUACAAUUUAAGAAGGGCAAUGCUUUAACUUUAUAGUACCCUUGAAUUUUGCUUUUACAGUCAUUUAUUGGAGUGUAAAAAUUCUUUACUCUCAACAUUAAGUAGUCAAACCCCAGUAGUUAACAAACCAUUCAUGAUAGUUUGUUGCUUUGGUUGUGUUUUUUAUACAGCAGUAGUUGUCAAAAGGGGCUACAGUGUGACAUUAGGUCAUUAACAGCAUGAUUAAAUACAGUCAACAUGUAUAUAAUGGCAUGCUUUCUUCAACUGUGGUAAAAGGGGUAAGUACAGGCAGGCAUCUUAAAUACCAGCUUGCUUCACUGGCGGCAAAUAUACAUGCUAGGAAGCCAUAUUGGAUAACUUUCUAAUUUUUGAAGAUAGUAUCCUACAUAAUUUAUAGUUCUGGUUCAACAACCAAGAAGUUAGUGAAUCAGGCUCCUUAAAGUAGCAAUUCUUGCUUUGACUUGUGCAGUGUUAUUUUCUAGGGAUUUGUAGCAAUGGUGUCCUUAAUACCACUGCAUUUCUCUUUGUUCCCUUUCUGUCAUUCUGUUCCCUGUUUCUCACCAGGUUUGGAGUUUGGUAAUGCUGAAACUGUUACUCCAUGUGAUUUUUUCCACUUUGCACCUGGAACUCUAAUUCUGACAGGUCAUAUGCAACUUACUAAACUUCAAGUAAAUGCUUAAUUUAAAACAAAGGCAUCGUCCUCUUAAAGCAUUGUUUUAACUUGAGAGUCUUUAACCUAGUGUUCCGUGUCACUUCAGGUAUUACUGUAAAAGGAAGUAAUUACGGAAAUGCUGUCUUAUUUUAAGCUUUGUUUUGCAUAUUUAACUGUGCUGUAUAUAGCUGGUUUCAUUUUUUCAGUCUUAUUUAUGAGAAAUCACUCAAAGAUUUACGUGCUGCUGGGAGAAGUUCAUGUGCACAUUUUUUUGCAUCGAUUUGAGCAUGUGUGAGAGAUGGUACAAAUACCUUAAAGAUAGUUAUGUAUGGUUUGUUGAAUAUACCAUCUGUAUUUCACCCUUUUCCUCAGAAAGAUACUUUUGAGCUUCAGUUCUCUCAGAAGAUGAGCAGGAAUGGCCAAAGGUAAUUGGCAGAUUGGGGAAAAAUGCCUUGCUCCUUAUCUUGAAAAUGGGAAACUUCAUGAAGGAACAAUAUCCUCUAUUGAAAAGGACAAGAAUGGAAAAUCAUUUGCUGUCGUGUCAUUCUUGGAGUCUGAAGAAAGGAAAAUACUAAUAAGUAAACUUUGUAGAGUCAAAGCCAGUAGAGGACCCUCAAAAAGCUUAAUAUGUGAUGAUGGAGAUCUGGAAAAGCCUUAUUUUCCUGACCGAAAUCUUCUGUCUCCUGCAGUUACUUUUAAAUUAUCUGACAAUGGUGAUUUUAUCCCGUAUACAAUUAACAGAUACCUGCGUGAUUAUCAAAGGGAAGGAGUCCAAUUUCUGUAUGGACACUAUGCUAAUAAAAGGGGGUGUAUUCUUGGAGAUGAUAUGGGUCUUGGAAAGACAAUACAGGUAAUUUCGUUUUUGGCUGCAGUGUUGCACAAAAAAGGAACACGUGAAGAUAUUGAAAAUAAUAUGCCAGAAUUUUUACUGAGAACAAUGAAAAAAGAAUCAAGGUGUAAUCCCAAGAAGACUUUCCUCAUAGUAGCCCCUCUUUCAGUGCUCUAUAACUGGAAGGAUGAGUUAGACACAUGGGGAUACUUCAAGGUCUCUGUCUUACAUGGCAGUAAAAAGGAUGAUGACUUGAGUCGCAUCAAGCAAGGGAAAUGUGAAGUUGCCCUUACAACAUAUGAGAUACUUCGCCUGUAUUUGGAUGAAUUUAACAGUGUAGAAUGGUCUGCUGUGAUAGUGGAUGAAGCACAUAAAAUCAAGAAUCCAAAGGCUCAGAUAACUCAAACCCUGAAAUCAUUAAAAUGCAGCGUUCGCAUAGGUCUUACUGGAACCAUUCUUCAAAACAAUAUGAAGGAACUUUGGUGUGUUAUGGACUGGGCUGUACCAGGGCUUUUGGGUAGCAGAGUACAUUUCAAGAAGAAAUUUUCUGAUCCAGUGGAGCAUGGCCAGAGGCACACCGCAACUAAAAGAGAGCUAGCAACAGGUCGUAAGGCCAUGGUGGAGCUAGCAAGAAAAAUGUCUGGCUGGUUUCUGAGGCGUACCAAAGUGCUUAUCAGUGAUCAGUUGCCAAAAAAGGAAGACAGAAUGGUGUACUGUUCUCUGACGGAAUUCCAGAAAGCAGUCUACCAGGCUGUGCUAGAGACAGAGGAUGUAAACUUAAUAUUACAAGCAGGAGAGCCCUGUAGCUGCAACAGUGGCCGUAAAAGGAAGAACUGUUGUUACAAAGUAAAUGCUCAUGGUGAAACAAUUAAGUCACUGCGCUUCAGUUACUUGACAAUCCUACAAAAGGUCGCAAAUCAUGCUGCACUGCUGCAGACAGACAACACUAGCAAGCAGCAGGAAGCACAUAUCAGAAGAGUGUGCAGCCAGGUAUUUUCCAGUUUUCCAGAUUUUGUGCAGUUAAGCAAAGAUGCAGCCUUUGAAACUAUUUCAGAUCCAAAAUACAGUGGAAAAAUGAAGGUCCUUCAGCAGCUUUUAAAUCACUUCCAAAAACACAGGGAUAAAGUUCUUCUUUUUUCCUUUUCUACAAAGUUGCUAGAUGUGCUAGAACAAUACUGUAUGGCUUCUGGGCUAGAUUACCGACGACUUGAUGGAAAUACAAAAUCAGAAGAUAGGAUCAGAGUCGUAAGAGAGUUCAACAGCAUUCAAGAAAUUAACAUAUGUCUUGUAUCUACAAUGGCUGGUGGACUGGGUCUUAAUUUUGUUGGUGCCAAUGUUGUUAUAGUUUUUGAUCCUACGUGGAACCCAGCAAAUGAUCUUCAAGCUAUUGACAGAGUUUAUAGGAUUGGCCAGUUCAAACCUGUUAAAGUGUUUAGACUGAUAUCCUUGGGAACUGUGGAGGAGAUGAUGUACUUGCGACAAGUUUAUAAACAGCAACUUCAUUGUGCAGUCGUUGGAAGUGAAAAUGCCAAGCGGUAUUUCGAGGCAGUGCAAGGAUCAAAGGAACAUCAAGGAGAGCUUUUUGGGAUCCAUAACCUUUUCAAACUUAGGACUCAUGGGUCCUGUCUUACCAAAGACAUCCUGGAGAGGGAAGGGCGAGUAGAAGCAGGAGUCAUGACAGCAACUACAUGGCUAAAGGAAGAGACUCCUCCAUGCAGCUCAGAAAAGUAUGAACAACCAGACUGUAAAGAAGAUGGAGAUCCCCACAGCAUUCGGGCACAAGUAACAAGAGAAGAAACAAAUUUAUGUGAUGACUUUAGUGGUGAUGAUAUUCAGGAAACUUCCGUGAAAAAACGUGACAGAAGGAAGCCUUGCAAUGCAAGUAAUUUAAUGGUAACGAAGGGACAGCUUUCCUUAAUGCAGUGUGGAUUCUCUGAGUUGUUACAGGGAGAAAUUGAAACUACCAAAGAAAGGGAUAAUAAUUAUGACUCUCCUGAUCCAAGUUCUGAUGAUACUCUAAGAACAAAUGUAAAUAACAAGCAGAGUGAUUUUCACAAAUGUCAAAGCCAUGUGCCUGUUUUGGAGCAUGGGGAAGCUGCUUGGUCACCAGAUGGAACUGGUAAGCAAGAUAUGCAUAGUACAGACUGGCUUGUUGUAUCAGACUCUGAGGAGGAAGGAGAUGAAGAAAGUGAGGAUCAAAGCAUUUCAAAGCAAAGUGACAUAGUCAUGGAAACUGAAAGCAGUUCUGAAGAGCUUGAUGAUUUCAUCUUUCCUACCCAAGUUCCAGCAUGCCAGCAACCAAUGCUUACUAAAAACAUUGAAAAAUACAAGUCAACAUCUGAAAACUGUAAAGAGUUAGCACAAGAAAAAGAUGAAUUUAUAUUUAAGGAAGACAGCAGGAAAUUUGGAUCCCAUGGGACCGAGUCAAAUUUCAGCAGAGGCAUGUCUUUGGAAGACGUCAAGAACAGCACAAGAAAAUUGAAAGGAGCAAGUGACAUAAGUGAUGAAUCUGAUGAUAUUGAAAUUUCCCAUAAUUCUGAAUCAAAGUUAAGAACUUCCAGUUUUCUGAAAUGGAAAGAAAGACAUGCCCUUAACAAUGGACUAGGUAACAUUUCCAAAUCUCUGCUACGAGCGAAGAAGCCCAAUAGGAAAGAAAAGGAAAGUGCUCCUCAGAAUGCAGAUGAAUUUACAUCCUCUGAAGAUAACUUACCAGUUAAAAAAAUUGAUGCCAGAAAGCAAAAGUAUAAAAGCCAGAGACGCAGAGUUCAGUUUGACUCUAAAAUGCUUUCUUCUAUUCAGGAUACCUCUGCACAAGUGAAGUCUAGCAGUUAUGCUGUGUGUAGAACUUCUGCAAGUAAAACUGGAUUUGAACAUCAGGACCAAAAUGUGGAAUCAAUGGACAGAUACUUAGAUGGUGUUCAAGAAGUGGCAUAUAUUCAUUCAAAUCAGAAUGUGGUUGGAUCCAGCAAAGCUGAGAAUCGCUUGAGCCGGUGGGCAGUGCGAGAUGUAUUUGAGUUGAAGCAGUUUUCCCAGCUCCCUGCUAAUGUAGCAGUUUGUACUGCCAAGAAAAAAGAGGAAGACUCAGAAGGUGACACAGCAGAGAAUAACAUUGUUAAGGGAGGGCAAGAAAUGCUGACAAACAGUAAUCCACAUCACCUGUAUGUUAUGCAUCCUAUUACCCAGAAAAACAAAAAAGUACACAGAGUAGGUUCAACCAUCUUCUUGCUUGGGAAGACACCGAAAGGAAUCCGCAGGAGACAAUUUGAAGAAAUGGUAUCCCACUUUAAUAUGGGAUCAAUGGAAGAACUUGCAGAACAUAUUGCAAAAGCUACAUCAGAAACAAGGCAGAAGAUGUUGAAGGAAUUCUACCUUUCCAGGCAUCCAGAGAUAGAGCUUUUCUUCCCAGCUGAAAUACCAGCACAAGCUUUACAUAACUGUGAGGAAAGAGAAUUGAGUGUAACACAUUCUAGAAAAAGAAAAUCUAUUGUUAAUUUUGGAAGAUCUAAGUCUAGAUCUUCAUCAGCUAAAGGACUACUUCUGAAUGGAACUACAGAAACUCGGAGCCAGCAGAGCUGUAAAGAAGUAGAGCAGCUUCACAAUGACUCCUGCUUGCAAGAUGUGUGUGUUGAUGCAAAAUAUAAACAAUCACCCACUGUUGCUACUCAACAUAUCGAAAGGAGAAACAGUCAGGCAUUCAAGGAUUUUAUGGCAUCUGGCUCAUUAAGCAGUAAAUCAGAAAUAAUUGAGGUGCUGCCUGUAAAAAGUUGUGAAGGACAGCAGGACGCAGAAGGAACACAGCUGCCAAGAAAAAGAUCCCUGUCUCAGUCAGAAAAUGGGGAGAGAAAAGCUCAGACUUGUAAGAAAAAGUCUUUUGUGGACUUACUUGGAGAUACCUCUGUUCUCAAUGACCUCUUCAGAAAUGAUGGAAAUGGGCCUACAGAAUCACCAAGGAGAUUCCCUUCAGGGCAAGUAGAAAAAUCAAAGGAGAGACCAAAAGAUUUCUGGGACAUGCUGAAUGAGCAGAAUGAGGAGAGCCUCAAAAAGCUCACAGACAUAGCAGUCAUAGAGAAGCUAUGUGAAAGAGCACCUCACGCCCCAGUGACAGAAGAGAGAGAAGUGUGUGAAAGUUCUCUUUGGAAAAAAAAUGAAAAUUUUCUGUGGAAAAAAUACAGUCCAGGUGAUUCAGAUGAACAGUCUACUGCUACAUCUUGUAAUGUAGUAAAAUGAAAGUUUUUCUAUGUGAGUUGCACUGUAAUUAUUUUAGUUGAACAUUUAAAUAUCCACAACUUUAGCAGUAUGCAGCAAAACAUGAUACCUCCAUGAAAUUAAAGGCAAAGUCAUGAAUUUGUAUUUAUCAUGAUACGGAUUUCCAUUUUACAGAUGUGAAUACAUUACAUAUGCUCUUACAUAUGUAAUUGCAUAUGUAAUGUAUAGUACCUGUAUGCACAGUAGUGCGUAUGUACUAUAUAUUGUGAGCUAUGGUAUAUUAAUUUUAAAGUAAACUUUUUUAAAAUGUUCUGAGUA